AUGUCUAACAAUCACACUCCCCUAAAUAAGGUUUUUGCUAUAACGAAUAUCAAAACCUACGUUCCUCUCAUUCUUGAACUCAAACGUCUCAAUUAUGAUGUGUGGAGAAAACUUUUCUCCACCUAUUGUAUUGCCUUUGACGUCAUUGAUCACAUCGACAACUCUACUCCUAAACCCACAGACGAAGAACAGAAAAAGGUGGAUUCAAUCAUAAAACUUUGGAUUUACGGAUCGAUCUCGCAAUCCCUUCUCCAAAUGGUGUUGAAGAAAGACUCGACCGCGCUUCAAGUAUGGAACAAUCUCGAGACUCUCUUCCGUGACAACAAAGACGCCAAAUCCAUGCAAAUCGAUAGUGAGCUACGCAACAUUGUGAUGGGCGAUCUCUUCGUCACCACCUAUUGCACCAAAAUCAAGGGACUUCCUGACCUGCUUGUGAAUCUCGAUCAGACUCCACAGUACCCGACAAACACCUUGUGA